UAUUAAAACACCUAUGUGUUUGCAGAAAUUCAUACUAUAACAGUGGUGGAUUUCUAAAAUCCCAUAAUGACUGAAGAAGCCAAGCUUAUCGUGGAGCUUUUAAACAAAGAACCAUUCAAAAAGAAUGUGAACUUGAUAUCGUUUCAUUCGUAUGGUCCUGAACAACUGUUGCAGCUGCUAAACGAUGUAUUGGCAACUAUUGACCCUUCACAAUCAGGAGAUAUUAGAGAUGAAGCUUCAGAUGCACGGACACAGCGCACUCUUGGCUGCUUGAAAAAUUUAAAGUACACCCCACCACCCAAUGCUGAUGUUUCAAGCUUUCGACAAGGGAUUGUGCUUGGAGAUAAACCUGUCAUUAACCCCAUUCUUGUGUAUUUGCUGACCAAUUUGGACGUGUUAAAAACAAGAGCGUAUCUGGCAAAGUAUUUGGUAAAACUUGGAGUUCCAGAUGAACUGCUGCACGAUUCCUCGGAUUUUGCGAUGCAGGAAUCAUGGACAAAGUAUUGCGAGCUCCAGGAACAUUUUCAUCAGAUGCACAGGGAGCUCACGGACUUGAAAAAACAGAGUCAUGGGACUUCAGAGGUGAAGACGGACAUUAAGACGAUGGAGGAAGAAAAAGAGAAUCUUAUGAGGAAAGUGGAGAGAGUUAGGAAGAAGGCUGAAGGUACUCCGGACUUUGCUGAUAGCUUGCAGAUCGCUCAAAGGAUGAGGAAAGAAAAGGAGCGAGGAGAGGACAUCCAGAAGAAGAUUCAGCAGCAGAGGAGGUUGAUGCAGUCAGCGGAGCAAACUUUGCAGAGGAAGAAGCAGCAGGUGUAUGAGAUGAAGCAGGGAGGAGCAAAUUCAUCUCCUGAGUCAUUGAUUUCACGGAUGCAGGAAGAUAAUCGAUUGAAUGAGUACCUAGUGUCUGAGAAGCUGCCAAAAGAAAUUGAAACUUUAAAGAAAAAUGUUAGUGAUCUGCAAAGAGUUGCUAUGGAACCAGCAAUCUCACAGCAAGAUUUGCAUCGAAUUGAAGAUGAAAUAGAAGAUGCUACAUCAAAGAUUAACAGACUUGUUGAGAAAAAGAUGGUGCAUGGCAAUCCUGCAAAAGACAAGCUUGCUCUGUUUAGGCAACAGGCGUCUAUAUUGUCGCACAAGAAGGAAACUCUUGCUGAAACAGUGCAGAGUAAGAGGGAAGAGGUUGAUCAAUUGGAAAAUGAGCUGAGACAGAAGAGAGCGACACUUCAGGAGCUUGGCGGGGAAGUGUUAAAGGGAGACGAUUACAAGAAGUUUAUCAUUGGACUUCGUACAAAGAGUAAUCAAUAUAAGAGCAACAGAGCUGAGCUGGCAGAGUUAAGAUCUGAAAUGGGAGUUUUGGUACGAACUGAAACUAUUCUACAAAAACUGAAUGAUCAGUCACAAAGGAAGUUAAACGUGUUGGAAAAUAAAAGAGGAGUGUCGGGCUUCCGUGAUACACAGGAUGAGUUGGAGAAGGUAUCAGCCAUGAAGAGUGACUUUGAUGAGGCAAAACAUCGAACUUUAGAUGAUAUGUCGGACAUGGUGCAUCAACUCAAUUCUGUGAUACAAGAUAAGAAGAAUCUGCUUGCACCUGUUAUUAAAGAGCUGCGACCAAUGCGUCAAAGGUGCCAGGAAAUAAUGACAGAGUAUAAUGAAAAGAAGUCCCAUUAUGACAGUGUUGCCGCUGGUUUGGAAUCAAAUCGUUCACAGCUGGAACAUGCUGUGGCAGCACUGAGAGAGGAAUGCAUGAACCAUGAUAGUAGGUUUCAUUACAUACAGAGCAUGAACAAAAUCCUGCAGGGGAAAAUCGAUCGCGCUAAUAAUGAAAUGAAGGUGUACACAAGCGGUGACAAGAAAAAGGGAUUUCGUGAAAUUUAUUCAAAGAAAAUACAAGAGCAGGAGAACCUGGCUAAAAGUUUGAGGGAAAAACAGAAGAAUGUUAGGGAGAACCAUAACAGUGAUAAGCAGCAGAUGGAGAUGUGGAAAGAUCUAGAAGCGUUGCUUGAAUGCAAGAUGGGGAUAUUACAACGACAACAUACAGAAUUAAGGCAAAUAAAGAAUCCUGGAUUCACAAUGAGUCGAGAACCAAGUCAGGAUAGGAUGGUGCUGUAAUUUAUUAUAAUGCUGAACAAACUAUGGUGAAUUUAAAAUAUAAUUAAAGUUUACCUGAAAGUUUGUUUCACAUAUUCUUGUCUGUCUGUUUAAAUUGUAAUAUUAUGUAAUUUUUCAUCAGACUAUUGUAAUUUUGUGGUUCUCUAUUUUUCUAAAAGUACGUCUGUACAUUUUGUAAAACAAAUUUUUCUAUUGUGUAUCUGUAGUUUGUAAAUGAGGCCAAAAACCUUGAUAUGGUCCUAUUAUUGUUGUUGAUUGUGCUGUUUACAUGUAGCAAAUAUUAUUUCUGUACAUUUAUUUUCGUUCUUUAGAA